GCGGGGUCUGCGGGGGCGGGGUCGAGGCAGAGCGACUCCAGUGUCGGCGCCCGCGGCCAUAACGCGGCCCCGCCUUUCCGCUCCCGCUGCAGCUCGGGUUCCCGCCGCCGCCGCCGCCGAUCGCGAGGAUCCCCUGUCCAUCCUUUAGUGCACGCAAAAAAGCAAGUAGCAGUUGGUCAGGGGAAGAAUGGCAUUGAAGCAGAUUUCCAGCAACAAGUGCUUUGGAGGAUUGCAGAAAGUUUUUGAGCAUGACAGUGUUGAACUGAACUGCAAAAUGAAAUUUGCUAUCUACUUACCACCAAAGGCAGAAACUGAAAAAUGCCCCGCACUGUAUUGGCUGUCUGGUUUGACUUGUACAGAACAAAAUUUUAUAUCAAAGUCUGGUUUUCAUCAAGCUGCCUCAGAACAUGGCCUUGUCGUCAUUGCUCCGGAUACCAGCCCUCGUGGCUGCAAUAUUAAAGGAGAAGAUGAUAGCUGGGACUUUGGCACUGGUGCUGGAUUUUAUGUGGAUGCCACUGAAGAUCCUUGGAAAACUAACUACAGAAUGUACUCUUACGUAACUGAGGAGCUUCCCCAACUUGUAAAUGCCAAUUUUCCAGUGGACCCCCAAAGGAUGUCUAUUUUUGGCCAUUCCAUGGGAGGCCACGGAGCUCUGAUUUGCGCUUUAAAGAAUCCUGGAAAGUACAAAUCUGUGUCAGCAUUUGCUCCAAUUUGCAACCCAGUGCUCUGUGCCUGGGGCAAAAAAGCCUUUGGUGGAUAUUUGGGAACAGAUCAAAGUAAAUGGAAGGCUUAUGAUGCUACCCAUCUUGUGAAGUCCUACCCCGGUUCUCAGCUGGACAUACUAAUUGAUCAAGGGAAAGAUGACCAGUUCCUUUCAGACGGACAAUUACUACCUGAUAACUUCAUAGCUGCCUGUACAGAAAAGAAAGUCCCUGUUGUUUUUAGAUUACAAGAGGGUUAUGAUCAUAGCUAUUACUUCAUUGCAACCUUUAUUACUGAUCACAUCAGACAUCAUGCAAAAUAUCUGAAUGCGUGAAAAACUUCAGUUAAGAAAAUUUGUUCGAGAUUAUAAAAUUAUAAUAAACAGAAUUGCAGGGAAAGAUGAUUUCAAGACAUUGGAUUUCAUAGUGCUAAAAAUGUAUCAUUCUGUAGUUAAAUCCCUUUCUGAGUAAGUAUGUAAAACCUCCUUAUGAUUUAAAAGUUGUUUUAUCCCUGUUAUAUGGGAAAUAUUAAAUACUUUACAGCUUUUUCAAGGUUA